GCAAGUAGGAGAUGCUUAAAAAAUCGGAAUACUCUAGUAAAGAAUAUUAAUAACUACUCGCUGCUGAAGCAAGCCGCGUCAAAUUGAACACGUUAUUACUAUUGUGGCACAGGGAAUACUGAGCUGCGGAGAGGAACUCUUGAAAGGAAGGAGCGACCAUCGCGCUUUCCUUUCUUACCUUCAACUUGGAUACACCUCGCCAGGCCAUCGGCCGGUGUCUUUAACUUAGAGGAACUGCCCCAACUUCUUUCCCGCGAGCUUACAAUCACUCUCACCGCAUCUGCGUUCUAGGCCACCUUUUCCAUCCCAUCGACGCCAUCGAUCUUCCCUUUUGGCCUCACCCACAGCAUCCACUCAAUUGCGGGGAGCUUACGGCUCAGCUCACUUCUAUCUGAUAUUACCUUGCUGACAUGCCUCCCCGCGGUGCCCGGAAGGCUGCCCUCGAUGCUCUCCAGCCUCCUGAAGACGCUCCCAUCAAACGAAAACCAGACGAACAGCACGAUUUACUCUCCCCCCGACGGCAAUCGAAGCGCAUAAAGUCCAUCGAGCAGCUCCACGUUAAACCAUCCAGCCCCUUGCCUGCGACCCCCGGAGAGCAAUCGGCGUCGGCCACCCGCAAGACCCGGUCACCUCGCAAACCCCAGACUCAGGGUAAAGGACCCGUGGUGGUGAUCAAGGAAGAGCUUGAGGUAAAGGAGGAAGAGAUUUACACUGAGACAAAGGAUGCAGUGGUAGAAGAACAAACAAAAACUACCACGAAGGCAGCGAGAAAAGGGACCAAGAAAGACAAGAUCGAGAUGCCCCUCAGGGCUAGAACACAGGGGCUGCGCAUGUUUGUUGGCGCUCAUGUGAGCGCAGCGGGAGGUGUACACAAUGCUGUUAAUAACAGCGUGCAUAUCGGUGGAAAUGCCUUUGCGCUCUUCCUGAAAUCGCAGAGGAAAUGGGACAACCCUCCCCUCCAAGACGAACCUCGAGACAACUUUCUCCGUCUGUGCAAAGAGCAAGACUAUAAUGCGGCCAAAUAUGUUCUUCCACAUGGGUCAUACCUAGUCAACCUCGCACAGGAAGACAAAGCAAAGUCCAAGCAAGCCUAUGAUGCAUUCCUAGACGAUCUAAAUCGCUGCGAGUCUCUUGGAAUCAAACUCUACAACUUCCAUCCCGGCAGUGCAAACAGGAGCAGCUUUCCCGACGCACUCGCUCGACUUGCCAAGGCCCUAACCAAUGCUCUCUCUGCGACAAAGACCGUCGUACCAGUUUUGGAGACCAUGUGUGGCCAUGGCUCGACAAUUGGGGGCUCUCUAUCAGAGUUUCGCGACCUUCUUGCUUUGAUACCGAAGGAACAUCAUGCACGGAUCGGAAUCUGCAUAGACACUUGCCACAGUUUCGCGGCCGGAUACGACCUUGUCUCGCCCGAAGGAUUUCAAGCGUUCAUGAAGGAGUUUGAAGACAUGAUCGGAAUUCAGCAUCUCCGUGCGCUUCACCUUAACGAUUCCAAAGCGCCGCGUGGUAGCAAGCGUGACUUGCACGCGAACAUCGGUACAGGGUUCCUUGGCCUAAGAGCCUUCCACAAUGUCAUGAAUGAACCCCGAUUCGAAGGUAUACCCAUGAUUCUUGAGACACCAAUUGGUCGACCGCCAUCCACAUCCAAGGUCAUUCCAUCCACGACUGUCAACGAGCCCGGGGAAGACGACUACAAUGAAGAGGGAAACGAUGAUGAGAUCAAACUCAAGAAAACUGCGAAAAAGAAGCAAGCGAAGAAGCCAGCAACCGCGAAAACAGAGCUAGUAGACGAUUUUUCUGUUUGGGCGCGAGAGAUCGAGCUUCUAGAGUCAUUGAUCGGCAUGGACCUUGAGAGUCCCAAAUUCCUUGAGCUGGAGGCAGCGCUAUCCCAAGAAGGCCGAGAGACUCGCGACAAGCACAUGGAGCAGUACAAGAAAAAGCUAGAGGCCGAAGAGAAGAAGCAGGCUAAGGGUCAAGGCAAGCAGAAGACACUCAUGGAAAUGAUGAGUAACAGUAAGGCAAAGAAGAAGGCCACCAAGAAGAGUCGUGAUGAUGAAUCCGAAGAUGAGGGAUGUCAGAGUUGUUGAAUGUUUAUUGGGUCAAGGUGUGACUCGGGAAUAUAUAGAUCUUAUGGACGGGUGAGUCUUUUCGCUUUUCAUGGUGUUCGUUUCGAUUCUCUCUCGGCAUAUCUAUGGUGUCAAAAAUCCAUUUUAUGAAUUGACUCACUACUUGAAGAUACGUUUUUUACCUCAAUAAUGAUCGGAUGUGAUAACAUUGUGC